GACGCUUGGGCGCAGGCGCAGUUGGGCACACGCACGCACGCACAAGCUCGACGAGGAAACAGCACUCAAACAAUAAUUAUUUAUGUAAGCGUUGUCUUUUUUGCACAUCUGCAAAGAUAAAAUCUUUUUUCUACUUCAUGAGAUAGUUACACUCUGUGUCUAUAUAACUGCGUUCGUAUUUUCAAAUUGUAGUAGUGAUAGUUUCGAAGGAACCGGCUUUAUGCGAUCAGGCGGCUAGGCCUCGCCUGGCCCGCAGUGUCUCGGAUCAAGCAUGCAUCCCUCCUGGGGAGGAUAUGGAGGGGGACCCCAACCUCCUCCACACUUCGGCCCGCGGCCUCAUCAGUUUAGGGGAGCUCAGCCCCCAUCAGCAGCUGCACCAGCACAAGCAGCAGCUGGGGGAGGAUUUGGGGGAUAUGGAGCUCCGUCGGUGCAAGCGUCAUCUAAUUUCUCUAGUUUACACGAACAGCAUUUACAACAAAUGCAGCAACUGCAGCAGCUUCAUCAGAAGCAGCUUCAGUCUGUGCUGCAUCACUCCGGCAACAACACCAGCAGCGGGCCUGCUCCGUACUGGCAGGCCGGCGGUGCACCACCCAACACUUUUCAGGAUCCCUCAACCCAGAGAGGUCCAGCCGGCCAGCCUCAGCCUCCUCCGCCGGAGGCGAAGCCUCCAGCGCCCGAGCCCACAUCAUCUUCCUUAUCUGCAGCUCCAGUACCACAGGUUAGCGAAACCAGUUCAUCGGUGGCGGAUGAAAAGCCAGACUUUUCGUCGAUGUCUCAGCAGGAGCAGCAGGAUUAUUGGUAUCAGCAGCACCGUCAAAAUUUGCAAAAGCUGAGAAAUGAGAAGGCGAUGCAGAAUCAAGGUUCAGCUAAUGGAGGCCAUGCUUCAGUUCCUCCUCCUCCAGUUGAACCCCCAAAGAGCACCCCUCCUCCACCACCUCCCAAAGAGGAACCCCCUCCUCCCCCACCACCUGAGGAAUCGAAGCCCAGUGGCAUCAAUGAGACAGGAGACCCUGCAGAAGCAGCACGUCUUCAGCAGCUACAGGCGGCAGCUGCCCAUUGGCAGCAUGUGCAGCAUCAAAGAGCCAGCCUUCAGUACCAGGCACUGAUGCAAGAGCAUGCUCAACUACAGCAGAUCCUGCAACAGUACCAACAGGUUAUUCAACAGCCUGCGCAUCUCCAGACUUUGCCCAUGGAAAUGCAGUUGCAACACUACGAAAUGCAGCAACAGCGAUUUUCUCCAUUGUACCAAGAAUGGGACAGGCACUUUAAUUUGUGGUUAGAACAGUUUCAGACAUACCCACACAAAGACCAGCUGCAGGAUUAUGAAGCCCAGUGGAGGCAAUGGCAAGAGCAAAUGAAUUCAACUUCAGCUCAUCUGCAAGAGAGAGUCACUACUCUAAGAGCUAUGCAGCCUCAGUAUGGAACAGGUCCUUCUUAUGGGAGCAUGAUGGGACCAUAUGGGCAGCAUAGACUUCCCGGACCAGAUGGAAACAUGCAUUUAGCCGGCCCAGGGCUUUCAUCUAUGCCUCCACCAAGUAACAUGGAUGCCAUGUCAAGACCACAGGGCCCACCGCCUUCUGGACCAGGUAUUCCACAGGGGCCAUCACCUGCAGAACCUUUUCCAUCGUCUGGUCCAGAUACUGUCUCUGAAACACAUGCUGGACCACAUGGGCCGGGGGCUGGACCACAUGGGCCGGGGCCUGGACAACAUGGGCCGGGGCCUGGACAACAUGGGCCGGGGCCUGGACAACAUGGGCCGGGGCCUGGACAACAUGGGCCGGGGCCUGGACAACAUGGGCCGGGGCCGGGACAACAUGGGCCGGGGCCGGGACAACAUGGGCCGGGGCCUGGACAACAUGGGCCGGGGCCUGGACAACAUGGGCCGGGACAACAUGGGCCGGGGCCUGGACAACAUGGGCCGGGGGCUGGACCACAUGGACAGGGGUUUCGACCACCUGGAUUGGGGGUCCGACCCCCUGGGCCUCAUGGAAGAUUUGAUGGCCCAAGGUUUGAAGGUCCCAGAGGCCCACGGUUUGAACAGCCACCCCAGCAACGGUUUAGCGGGCCACCCAGAUUUGACAGUGGCCAGCGAUUUAGUCAACCUCCCAGAGGUAAUCUUCAACACCCAGGGGCUCCAACAAGACUUGAUAACCCCCCUAGACAGAAUGCACCUACACGUUUUGAAAGACCCCAUAUACCCCCUCAACAACCAGGGCAUGGACAGCAAUCCAGUCCUGUACCUGGAAUUCAAACAAAGCAACAAUCAGCAAAACCCGAUGCACCACCAGUUCCUCCAACUCAAACAGGCCCAGAAAAACACAAAGAUCACUUAGAUCAAAAUAGCAAAAAAGAUGGUGCUUCCACUGGUCCUUCACUGACAGAUGAUUUACUGGACUCAGUGGAUGGAUUUUUUAUUCAGAGUGGACCCAUUCCUCAAACUAAGGAUACUAAAUCAGAGAAUACCAUUGCUGAUACUGCAAAGCAGGAUAAGCCAACAGAAGAUGCUUCUAAACCAUCCUUACCUACGGAAAGUCCAAACACCCCAAACAAGAAACCUCAGAAGUCUAGCUCACAACCUCCUAAAACCGUUCAUGCUGCAAAUGGGCCACCACAAAAUGCAAAGCCUCCUCAAAAUGAUAAGUUUAAACCUGAAACAAUUAAUGAGGCUACUAGGGGGCCACACAUGACGACUCAGACUGGUCCACCUCAGGCCACCCGAGGGAGAGGAAGGGGCCAAGGGCCAGUGCCUCUUCGGGGAAUGGGCCGUGCACGUGGUCGAGGGCAGUAUGGGGGACAAGUGGCUGAUCCCAAUUGCCAGAGAGAAAUUAUGCAGGAGGAUCCCUAUGACCAUCAGGAAACCGAUGACACAAGGCAUGAAGAGGACCAGGAUUUGGUUUGGAGAGAUCCCUCUUUAGAUGGUCCUGGAGAAUUAGAGGACCAAGAAGCACCCCUUGAGAUGUGGCAUCCAGAGGAAGAACACUUCCCAGAAGAGUAUCCAGAGAGCACUCCUCCAGGUGAACACUGGGAAGAAGAACAACAAGAUUAUUGGGAGGAAGAAGAUCCAUACUGGGCAGAGAGAAGACCUCCAAUGCGUGCUAGACCUCCCUUUCCUCCAGGAGGUCCCAGAAGGCCCCCUUUCAAUCCACGAUUUAUGCUUCAUGGUCCAAGGCGCCCCCCUCCUCCUGGAAGUUUGCAACACAACCUACAUGGACCUCCUCACAUGGGACCACGUGGGGGAAUGGUACCACGAUUCAGACGCGGUGUAGGCCCAUGGGGACCACCACCCCACCAUGACAUGAUGGAGCGAGACAUGAGACGGCCACCACCACCUCAUGAAAUCUUGGCAAGGGAACCAGCUGGAUCUCUUGAAUAUGAUGAAGAAAUAGACAGAGAACCUGGAUGGCCUCGUCCACGUGGUCGAGGGCUGAGGCGUCCUCCUUUACCCCCCCAAGAAAUGGGCAGAGGGAUGAGAAGACCACCUAUGAGGCCCCCAAUGCCAAUGGAGAGGUGGCGUGUCCCACCACCCCAUGAAGAAGGAAAUUAUGAUGAGGAAUACCCAUAUGGUGAAGAAGAUGAUGCACCCAGAAGGCCUAUUCAUGAUUAUCAUCCAGAUUAUGAGCAAGACGAUGACUAUUAUGGUUCUCGUGACGAAUGGGGCAGGGAGAAACCUGACCGAGAGUAUCCUCCGCAUCUUCGCCCAGAGGUCAUUAGAGAGGAUCCUUGGUUAGAGGGAAGAGAAAAAUCAUUCCCAUUUGAGGAAGAGGAUCGAUAUAGAGAGGAACGAAGACGACCUUGUUACCCUGAUGAUCCGCCUUAUCAAGAACGAGAUAGGGAUCCUUCAUUUCACUCUCAUCCUGAUUGGGAAAGGCCACCACCCCUGCCUCCACCAGAGAGAGGUUACGCUCAUUCAGUUGGUGAAACGAAGCCCCAAUAUGAACAUAACCCAGAACCACUAGCUGGCAUGCCUGCACCUCAUGCCCCGGAGACCCCACUUGAACAGUCUUCACCUACUGCAAAUACAGCUGUACUUGCUCUUUCUCAAAGGCAGCAUGAGAUCAUUCUAAAAGCUGCUCAGGAGUUGAAAAUGAUAAGAGAGCUCCAGGAAAGCCAGAAGUCUUUGGGAGAUGCUCCCAACCCUGAUUCAACUGGGUUGCCUACAGAACUUCCUCCUGGAAUUCUUGGAUUGGAAAUUACACCCGAGGUUAAAAGUGCUCUGCAGGCUGCCAAUUUAUUGUCAGAAACGGGACAGAUCUUGGAAGCUGGUUUAGCCCCUUCAAAUCAAUCUACAGACUUUCUUCAUUCUUCAGCACCUGUUCCUACUGCCACAUUCAUUGCUAAAACAGUGGACUAUGGGCAUGGCCGUGAUCCAGGUGCAACAGUGGAAAGGAUAUCUUAUGGAGAGAGGAUUGUGUUGAGGCCUGCCCCACCGCCAUCUGAGCGGCUGUAUGAGAAAGAACUGCUUGGCCCUAGAGACCCUUACUAUGACAGAAGAAGUGACCCAUAUGGUGGUGCCAGAGAUUAUGACAGGGAUUGGGAGAGAGAUCCAUAUAGGGAGAAGCCAGCACUGGACUAUGAGAGAGACCGAUAUGAAAGGGACCGUUACCUACGAGAUGAACGACCUCCACUUGGGCCUCGUCCAGGACACCGAGACAGAGAAAGAGAUCACCCAAGCCGCUCGAGCAGGGACCGUGAGGUUUAUAGCCGAUCAAGCUAUGAGAGGUCUUCCUAUGAAAGGAGUCUUGAGCAUUAUGACCAUGGAUCCUCAAGCUAUGGAAGUGAUCGGAGGAGCUAUCCAGAUGAGCGCCCCCCACCCUCCACAUCACUGCCCCCUCCUGCACCUGUUGCCCCUCCUCGUGUGGAGAAGAAACCAGAGAUAAAGAAUGCCGAGGACAUCCUCAAACACCCAGGACGAUCAACUCGACCUGACAGGAUCGUAGUCAUCAUGCGUGGACUACCUGGAAGUGGCAAAAGUCAUGUGGCAAAACUUAUUAGGGACAAAGAGGUUGAAUGUGGAGGUGCACCACCCAGAGUGCUUGGCCUGGACGAUUAUUUUAUGACUGAAGUGGAAAAAGUUGAGAAGGACCCUGACACUGGGAAGCGCGUCAAGAACAAGGUGCUCGAAUAUGAAUAUGAACCGGAGAUGGAAGAUACAUAUCGAAACAGUAUGUUGAAGACAUUUAAGAAAACACUGGAUGAUGGAUUUUUUCCCUUCAUAAUCCUGGAUGCCAUUAAUGAUAAAGUGAAGUACUUUGACCAGUUCUGGAGUGCUGCUAAGACAAAAGGUUUCGAGGUGUACUUGGCUGAAAUCACCACUGAUCACCAAACAUGUACAAAGAGAAACAUACAUGGGCGAAUACUAAAGGAUAUUACGAAGCUGGCCAGUGGCUGGGAGUCUGCACCACCCCACAUGAUACGGCUAGAUACCAGGUCUCUACUGCAGGAUGCGGCAAUUGAAGAUGUGGAGAUGGAAGACUUCAACCCAUCUGAAGAAGAACCAAAGGCUGAAGUGAAAAAGGAGGAUGACGACGAGACGGAUAUGGGUGAUUAACAUGACGACAGCAGCCUGGUUUUUAAGGAGGUUGUGCAGUAUCCUGACGUUGCACUACUUUAAAGGGAUUAAUCACACAAAUUUAAAAAUAUAGAUCUUUUUACAUCGUUUACUUAUUCUCAUAUCGUUCCAAGCCGUCCCAAGUGACUUCCUUCCUAAUGUGAAACACUAAAAGAGAAAUUUGGAGUAAUGUGCUGGCCCAUCUUCUCAUAAUAAAAGAGAAUGUGGAAUAAUUAAAUAACUCAUAGCAAGCCAUAAAAUGACUAGUGCUGCACAUUUCAAGUCUUAUGAUACAAGGAACAGUGAUAAUUAUUGUAUGUCAAUCUUGUUCUCCACUGUCUGCAUCUAUCCAUUUUAAACAUGACACUUUUAGAUGCUAUGCUACAUCUAUGACAUCUCUAAUUAUUUUUCAAUUCUAAUGGAUUCCUGGACAUGAUGGAAAAACAUGAGAUGGGAGGAAAACACAUAUUUCAAUGGUUUUAGCUCUUUCAGAAGUAUUACGUUCCCCCGAGCAACUUUGUUUUUUCCUCAAGCCUCACAUUACACCACACACUUUUUUUGUGAGUGAUCACGCAGUUUCACAAGAGCACAAACGUUUUUCUCUCUCUCUCUUUCUUUUUUUUCAUCACCAUGUCCCUUUAGGGUAUUCAUAUUAUAAGUAAACCAUGACUUAAAAUGGGAUGUUACUUGCACAAAGAUGUGUGACUUUUGAGGACUUGGAAUGUAGUGCCCAAGUCCAAUUUUAUAGCACCAAUCUUGAUUUCUCGGUUUCUAUUCUUUUGGUACUGGCUGUAAUUUCAUUCAUUUACAUCAUGUGGGGAAAAUGGCCGGCACAUUCUUCGACAUUUACGUGUUCUACAUGUGGUUUUGGAACGACAUGAGGGGCAAGUAAAUGAUUUUUUGAGUGAACUAUGCCUUUAAGUCUCAAUGUCUUGUAACUGCUGAACAGAUGCCCUGGACAGCAUGGAGCUCAGGUAAGCCUUUUUUUCAUACUAUGCAUUAAUAAAGAUAUGAUUACCACUUCUUUCUUUUUAUUUUUGGAGAUUUUAAUACAAUAUCUAUCAUUUAAAAUAAAGUUGAUUUCUCAUUCAA